GGCAAAGUGGUAAAAGUCCAGUCUAUUCCUGCUCGUGAAUGAAUAUAUAUCUAUAUCCAUCCUGAACAUCUCCAGUACCGAAAUGAUUGGCAGCUCUUGUGGUAUAAUUGCGCGUUAACUUGACUUAACUUGACUUGACAUUGCAUCUACUGUCCCACUGUAACCAUGGUCCAGUUCAGCUUCAAUGCCACCCUAUCCGGGCUCGCCGCGCUGCUUCCACUGACAGCAAGUGCCGCUUCCUUCCAGCGUGUCGACGAAUCCUUCGGACCCAACCCAACCAACGCAGGUUUCUACAUCUACGUUCCCGAUGUCCUCGCUCCCAGUCCGCCGAUUCUUGUAAAUCCCCAUUGGUGCCACGGCGAUGCCAAUGCGACUUACACGGGGUCCCAAUACGCCACGUUGGCCAGCCAAUACGGCUUCAUUGUCAUUUAUCCGGAUAGCCCCAACACGGUGGACAAGUGCUGGGACGUCUCGUCCAAUGACACCUUGACCCAUGACGCGGGGGGCGACAGUCUUGGCAUCACCAGCAUGGUGCGCUGGACCCUUGCCAAGUACAACGGCGAUGCGGGUCGUGUCUUCGUCACGGGAAUCUCCUCGGGAGCCAUGAUGACUAACGUCCUCAUCGGUGCGUACCCAGACAUGUUCGCUGCGGGGUCGGCCUUCGCGGGCGUGGCGUUUGGGUGUUUUGCAGGCGACGGCUUCGAUGUCUGGAGUGACGCCUGCGCUACAGGUCAAGUGACGCACUCGGGGGCCGAAUGGGCUGCUAUCGUGAAAGCCGCAUACCCGGGGUAUACGGGGUGGCGGCCUAAGAUGCAGGUUUCUCAUGGCACGGUGGAUGAGGUGCUUAAUUAUACGAAUUUUGGGGAGGAGGUCAAGGAGUGGACAGCGGUAUUGGGGCUGAGUGACAAACCAACCAGCGUUUUUCUCGAUACGCCCGUGGCAAAUUGGACGAAGUCGGUGUAUGGAGAUAAUGACUGGUUCGAAGCGUACAGUGCGGCGGGGACGACGCAUAAUAUUCAGAACCAGGAAGCCAUGGUUAUGCAGUGGUUUGAUCUUGCGUGCACGGGGAAUAGGUGCUUCAGGUGGGGAAAAGGGUCGCCAAAUGGAUCUAACGGGACUACGAAUGGGCUGGCUUCGAGGGCAGGAAUGUCUUCCGGUGCCACUCGGAGGUCACUACGAGGGUCGAGCCCGCGGUCGUUGCGGGUAUCAUCGUUGUUGCAACGACAAUAAAAGUCUUGACUUCAAAGGCGAUACCACGGGAGACUCUGCCUAGUAUAAUAGUGUCUAAUCUUACUCCUUGGGAAUAGGGGCCUGUUAUGCGGGUGGCUGUGGCAACGCACAAUGCAAAUACAGAAUGUGAUAAUUGAAGCUACUCGGGGAAUAUCGAUAUGGGACACAGAGUUAAGCGGUUAUAAGAGAAAAUAGGCAUUGAACCCUAAAGUAUGUUAGUUUGAGGGAAGAUUCUGUUACGCCC